CCUAUAUACAAAUUCGACCUUGAGGUCUACGAGUUGAAGAAUAACUCAAAUAGUUCAUAAAUCACCUACACAUCUCUUCUAGGUAUCCGUGCUAUUCAGUCCGGCAAAAUGGAAACCCCACUACAAACCCCCAGCCCACCGGUAAAUAUUCUCAAUGGUUACGUCUCACCACAGCAGGUUACUCUAAACGUGUACUGCCACGACAGGAUCUUUAAGAAGGUCACAGUUACGGAUAGUACCAGUCAGCCCGUAUUCCGAGUCGAGGGUACAAGCUUCGGGACAUCGUGGAGUUGGCGACGUAAGGUCUUCGACAGUUCCAAUACUCAUUUAUUCGACUUCCGCCAUAAAAGCGUCGACAUUAAGAACGGCUGGAUCAUCGAGAACCCCAAUGGCGAUAAGCUCUGCUCGCUGGUGCACAAGUCUCAGAUCACUCGUAGCCACUCAGCUAUCGACGCCACCGUACGCACCCAAGUAGGCGAAGAAGUCCUAGUAAUCAUGCGGCCCAACGACCAUGCGGCGCUGGCUACGACUAUCAGUGUUGAUGGCGCUGCUAUUGCGACUAUCCGCAAGGUUGAGGAUAACGACGUAGCUUCUUUAGGGACUCGAGAUAGGAGUGUUUGGGAAGUGAGAGUAGCUUCGGGGGUUGACCUAAGCUUAAUUAUGAUUUUGAUGCUUUGCCGCGCUGAAAUGUGUCAUGUGUGGAGGCAAUGAUGAGCAGAGAGAGAUAUAUGAUCAGAUACGUUGUUAGUAUUAAAGUUGAGUUCGUACGACAUGUAGAGUUUUUCCUGAUGCUGGAUUAUAGCAAGAAAAGUCCUAGCAAAUCAUUUAAAUUGAAGGUU